AUGCUCGCAGGAAGCACCACCUGGCUGAUGGCAGUACGUACGAAGGCGGAUGGGAGAACGUUCGUGGAGGGCGUAUUCGAGGGCGAGGGCAAGAUGACGUUCGAUGACGGUACCGUACUCGAGGGCACAUGGCAAAGCGGCAGCAUGGUGAAAGGCAAGCAAACGCGCGUGGAAGACGGCCUGCUCUACGUUGGCGACUUCAAGGAUUCCCUCUUCCACGGUCACGGCAUGGCCAAGAGCAGCGACCAGCUGUACGAGGGCGAGUGGCGCAACGGCGAGCCGUGCGGGCGAGGCCUGCUCAAGGACUCGCUAAAUGGCAUCGUCUACGAGGGCGAGAUGAUGGGCGGCCGACCGCACGGCCGCGGCAAGGAGACCAACUCGCGCAAGGGCCACGUCUACGAGGGCGACCUCCGAUACGGCAUGAAGGAGGGCCACGGCCGGCUGACCUAUACCAACGGGAGCGUCUACGAGGGCCAGUUCCAGAACGACGUCCCCGAGGGCCGCGGCAAGUUCACGCGGGCCAACGGCGACACCUACGAGGGCGAGUGGCGACGGGGCAAGCAGUGGGGCAAGGGCCGCCUCGUGAGCGAGAACGGAAUGAAGGCGCACGAGGGCCACUGGAGCGAUGGCGUGCUUCACGGCGAGGGCAAGGAGAUCUCCCUCUCCGAUGGUACAAUCCUGCGCGAAGGUGUAUGGGAGAAGGGCAAGUUCACUCUCCCUCCCGUCAUCGCGUUGUAG